CGUCUCGUGUGCUUGAGGUAAACACGCUUUUAUGACAAACACAAUGGAAUGAUAAUAGUAACGGAUAAAUCGGCAUCAAAGUUCGCUCUUAUCAGGGAGAACCAUGUACGGUUUUGUGAAUUACGCUCUGGAACUUCUAGUUGUGAAAACAUUCGACAACGAAACAUGGGAAGCGAUAAAGAAAGAUGCGGCUGUCAAUAUGGAGGGACAGUUCCUUGUUCGACAAAUUUAUGAUGAUGAAAUAACAUAUAACAUUAUUUCUGCGGCUGUCAAUCGACUAAAAAUACCUGCAAAUGAAAUACUCGAACUUUUUGGUCGGAUGUUUUUUGAGUUCUGUCAAGAUUCUGGAUAUGACAAAAUUCUUCAAGUGCUUGGCGCUACUCCCAGAGAUUUUUUACAGAACUUGGAUGCACUCCAUGAUCACUUGGGCACACUUUAUCCCGGAAUGAGAGCACCAUCAUUCCGUUGCACUGAGCGACCCGAGGAUGGUGCCCUCGUCCUGCAUUACUAUUCUGAUCGGCCGGGUCUGGAGCACAUUGUUAUAGGUAUAGUAAAAACAGUAGCAAAAAAACUCCAUGGAACGGAUGUUGAUAUGCAGAUAUUGAAAACAAAAGAAGAGUGCGAUCAUGUGCAAUUUCUCAUCACUGAUUCUUCAACACCAUCCGGAACGAUGACAAAACCAAUGACAACUGAGCUUGAAACUCUCUCAAUUGAACCAAAAGUCAGUCCAGCUACCUUCUGUCGUGUUUUUCCAUUUCACCUGAUGUUUGAUCGAGACCUAACCAUUGUACAAACAGGAUGCACAAUAACGAGGGUGAUACCCCAAGUUACGAGUGGUAUUUGCAAGUUAAACGACAUUUUAUUGACGGUGAGACCACAUCUGGAACUCACAUUCGAAAAUAUAUUGUCUCACAUCAACACUGUUUACGUGCUCAAAACAAAAAAAGGAGUGAUGAGGGUUGAAGCCUCGGAGGAAUUUUCCAAUCUUCGUUUGAAGGGACAAAUGUUGUAUAUACCCGAGUCAGACUUGGUUAUCUUUUUAUGCUAUCCAAGCGUGAUGAAUCUCGACGAUCUUACAAGACGAGGUCUUUAUCUCAGUGACGUACCACUACAUGAUGCUACACGAGAUUUAGUUUUGAUGUCAGAACAAUUUGAAGCAGAUUAUAAGUUAACAAGAAACUUGGAACUCCUAACUGACAAGUUACAGCAAACGUAUCGCGAACUCGACGGAGAGAAACAAAAAACCGACAGAUUACUCUACUCAGUCUUACCAAUAUCUGUAGCCAAUGAGUUGAGACACUCGAGACCAGUACCAGCUAAAAGAUACGGCUGUGUAACACUUUUGUUUUCCGGGAUCGUUGGAUUUAGUUCAUAUUGUGCUGCUCACACUGAUUCAAGUGGUGCUAUGAAAAUCGUUAAUAUGCUUAAUCAACUCUAUACUGCAUUUGAUGUCUUAACUGAUCCAAAGAAGAACCCUAAUGUCUACAAGGUGGAAACUGUUGGUGACAAGUACAUGGCGGUCAGCGGGUUACCCGAGCCUUGUCAUAGUCAUGCACGAUGCAUAGCACGGCUUGCCCUAGACAUGAUGGAUCUUGCUGCUGAUGAAGUUCAAAUAGAUGGUGAACCAGUGAAAAUCACUAUCGGUAUCCACAGCGGUGAGGUUGUAACUGGAGUGAUCGGACAUCGAAUGCCGCGCUAUUGCCUAUUUGGUAAUACCGUCAACCUCACAAGUAGAACGGAAACAACUGGAGAGCCCGGAAAAAUAAAUGUUUCUGAGGAUGCUUAUAGGUAUUUAUGCAUGCCUGAAAAUCAGGAUCCACAAUUUCUACUAGAAUAUCGGGGACCAGUGACCAUGAAAGGCAAAUCCGAUCCUAUGAAUGUGUGGUUUCUAUCAAGAGAAAGGGAAUUAUCAUCAUAAACAUAAAUACAUGUCAAAGGUCAUAAUAGUCCGUUAAGAACGAUAAAACUUUCUAUUUACAAUAGCAAUAAUGAAAAAAAAUUUUGCUUAUCUUAAUAUAAAAUAAUGACAUUGUAAUAAAAAAAAAAAUAUUCGUGUAAAAUUGUGAAGUAAUUAAAAAAGUAUAGAAACAAAGUCAAGUAACGGUAUUUAUAAGGUAUUUGAUGGUACUUAAAAACUUAACAUCAAUUACAAUUUCAUUAUGUAAAUGAUAAAAGCCAAUAUUAUUUUAUGAAUGAAUAAUUUUUGAAAUGAUCAAAUAUUCAUAACACUAUCAUAGAAAAAUUGACUUCAUUUCACAUAAAUUGAAAAUAAAGAUUGUUAAAGACUAAAUGGUUUGAUAUUAAAUAUAAAAAGAUAUCGAAAAUGAGAAAAAAACCAAUGAAACCAGUACGACCAGAAAGCGAUGAGGUACAAAAAAAAAAGUGCAAUGAAACCUGUUUGAUCUGCUGGUUCCAUGCACAAUGUAAAGAUGUUUUCGAAUAUAAUAUAUAAAAAUUUCUGUUUAA